AUAAUUUUUAGUAUGUCUCAUGUUUAAUGCUUUAAAUUUAUAGAAUUUUUAUGGCUGAUCACAUAGGUUACUGUUGCGAUAUAAAUAUGUCUGAUGAAGAAAACAAAGACCCGAAUGAAGUGAUAUUAGAGAACGAUGGUAAUUUCGAUGAGUUAUUAAUUAAUAUUGUCAAAGGCUAUCCACACCUGUACGACAGCAGCUGCAAAGAUUAUCGCGACGCGAUAAAAAAAGAAAAUUCUUGGGUCGAGAUAUCUAAGAUUUUGGACAAGCCUCCGGAUGUUUGCUGCAAUAGAUGGACUCGUCUAAGGGAAUCUUUUUCGAAAGAAAAAAAAAAAAGAUGUAAUGAAACGAGAAGUGGAAGUGGGGCAUGUAAACGACGAGGAUUUAUAUAUUUUGAAAACAUGAAAUUUAUUGACAAAUUUGUGAAAACUAGAAGUUCGAUGACCAACAUCAAGUUGCAAAAAAAAUUUGAAAAUAUUUCUAAUUUUUCGGAAGAUAGAAGUCUAAAUGAAGAAAUUUCAAAUUGGGUGCAGCAUGGCAAACAGACUUUGGAAAAAGAAAGAUCUCCAUUGAAAGAAAUUGAUGCAAAUAGAUUUUUACCAAUAAACAAAUCUUUAAUGUCGGAAACAACACCCACUACCAGUAAAUUUGAUGAUGCGUCAUGUGCAUCUUUUUCUGAAAAUAAUACGAACGACUUCGUAGAACAAUCGUCAGCUCGGUCAUCGCCUAUCACUUUUAACUCUUCACUCCUUUCUCCAAGUAGCGAAAAAUCUACCCGCACUUUCAAAAAGCCGUCAUACAUGAAGGGUAAAUUUAAUCCAAAUAUAUCAGUUCAAAAAGAUGGUAAAAAUAGAGAAACUGAAAACGAUAAUUUUGAAAUGUCUUUUAUUAAUUUGAAUAAAGCAGUUGCAGAGCAUUUGAAUUCUAAAAAAGACAGUGCACAAAUGCAGAAUGAUCCAGACGCUUCAUUUUGUAAUCUGGUUAUGGCGGAAUUAAAACAAUUGGAUGAUCAUGUAAAACAAAUAAAAAAACAAGAAAUAAUGCAAAUUUUGUGGAGAAAGGAAAAUCUAUAAGUAAAAUAUUUGCUAAAAUAAAUACUUUGUGUUCAUACAUAUAAUACUCAUGCUUUAAAAAUACUGUGAUGUUAAUAUAAUAGUUUAGAUAAGUGUUGCAAUAAAUAUAUUAUAUACUGUUAUAUGUAUGUAUAAUAAUAACACUAGUAAUAAUAGGGAAAUUUUAUACUGUUUAUUUCACUUACAAUAAAUACAUAUUAGCAUUACAUUUUACAAUAUAA